AUGCGUCCGAAAUGGGCGACCCUCGCCGUCCUGACCCUCGGCACGGCGGCGACGGCCUUUGCCCAGCAGCCCUCGGGCCCCGGGAAUUCCAGUCUCUAUCUACACGACAACCCGGAUUGCGCUAGGAACCCCCCCAAAUAUCCUGUCAUCAUCAACAUCAUCAACACCAUCAUGAACAUCAUCAUCAUCAACAUCAACAGCAGCAAUAACAAGAAGAAUAAACCAACGAGUUCACCGUUGACACCUGACCGAAGCUACCUUGCUUCCUGA